CCCGCGCGGGAGGGCGCCGCGUCCCUCUCCGCCGAGCCUGUGGCGGCGGGGCGGUAGCCAUGAGCGCCAACCCCCAGUGGGACAUCCCCAGGGCGCUGGGGGUGGCCAGGCUCUUCCACCUGGUGUGCGGGCUCCGGGAUGCCUGCGUGACCCCCUUCCUGACCCUCUACCUGAGGCAGCUGGGCUUGGCCGCGCCUUGGGUGGGCGUCCUCAUGGGAACCAAGCACCUGGUGGCCGCCUUCUGGGCCCCCUUCUGCGCCUUCCUGGCCGAGAGCUACCAGAAGAGGAGGGCGCUGCUCAUCGGCUCGCUGCUGGGCUCGGUGGGCGCCAGCCUGCUGGUGGUCCUGGUCCCGCCUCUGGACGGAGAGCUGGUGUCUCGCUCCUGUAAUGCGAGCAGCGGCGGGGCCACCACAGGCCCGCCGCCGGGGGUCGCACCCCCUGCCAGCGUCACCCCAGCACAAGACUCUGCCGCGGACCCCGCAGCGGGGGCCCCCAGCCUCCCAGCCAAGAGGAGUGCUGGAAUGGCGGAAGCUUCUGGCUUCAAUAAAGAACCCGGUGACAGUGCCCAGGGGCCUCUGAGCCGGCUGCCCAGCCACUUAGUGGGCUCAGGUGCACGAUCCAGGACAACGUCCCGAGUUCUCCUCCAGCCUGUCACUCCCGGGGUGAAAGAGAACCCCCGGGAAAGUGCUGUUGAGGUGGUCAAUACUGCCUUCCCGUCACUUCCCGGGGGCACAGGGCUGGAAAGUCCAACCAAGGGGACGGCCCAGGCCCUUGACCUGUCCCUGGAAGGUUUGCCGCGGACUUUCAUCCUCUCUUUGGCGUCCCUGGUGUUCUGGGAGCUGCUGACAGCCCCCCUGCAGCAGGUGGCAGACGACAGCCUUUACGAGUACCUGGAUUUCGUGGACGCCACUGACCGCUACAGAAGCCUGUGGGUCUGGGGGCUGCUGGGCAUGGCGGCGGGCACGUGUGGCAUCGCGGCCUUGGCGGGGCACCUGGAUUGCUUCCUGACGACAAGCCGUCCCCGGGGUGCGGUGCACUUCUAUGGCUACUCGCUGGUCAGCACGCUGGCCUCGCUGGUGGGCAUCGCCUUUCCCGUCCCCAUCUUCAGGCAGCGGGAGCCCAGACACAAAACUGUCAAAGCGCUGUCUCUCAUCGGGGGCGACCCCCGCCUCAUUCUCCUGGCCAUCACUGUCUUUUUGAUAGGGGCCACUGCCAGUACUGUGCAGAACUUUCUGUUCUGGCACAUGGAGGACCACGGCAGCGGCGAGCUGGUCAUGAGUUUCGCUGUUGCCCUCAGCUUGCUGGGGGAAAUUCUCCUGUAUCCAUUGAAAACUAAGUUGCUUAAGAAACUGUCCAGGGUGGGCACCGUGGCACUGGGGCUGAGCUGCCUCGCGGGGCAGCUGCUCUACUACUCUUUCCUCUGGAGCUGGUGGUCUGUGCUCCCCAUCCAGAUCUUGGGUGCCAUCAGCAACGGGGCCCUAUGGUGGGCAGUGGGGGCCUCGAUCGAGGACCUGGCCACCCCCGGAACGGAGAGGCCUCUGGGUGCCAUGUUCCGAGGCCACUUUUACGGGGGCGGGUUGAGCCUGGGCAGCUUCAUGGGGGGCUUCGUGGGGAUGCACUUCGGCCUGCCGGUGCUCUACUGGGCCGGCUGCGUGGCCCUGCUGCUCUGGCUGGCCUUGUACCUGACCAUCCAGUCGAGGCUGCCCCAGGAGCGGAGGAUCAACUACUCAAAGCUGCUGGCCACGGAGGCGAGUGACACCAGCGACUCCGAGGAAGGGACAGAACGGGACUGGCUGGUGAAGGCCAUGAGAGAGGAGCACUCGGACUGGAAGGGGUGAGAGGAAGUCACGAUGGUCAGGCCGAUUUGGGAAGGAGCCAGAGGGCUGGACAGAACGCAGCCGGCUGUGGACAAGUCCCUGCACUGGACUGCAGGAGCCGUGGGGGAGAGACCACAGGACUGGGCCGAGGGCCCGGCAGAGGCGUCUCGUUGUGUGAUUUUCUUUACUUUUAUAGUAAAAGAUUUAACUUUUUGCUGUUUGAUCUUUUUUAAAUAAUGAAGGAUGAAUACUUCUGCCUUUUGAAAUUCUCUUUGUAUUCACUUGAUUUGGAUGUAUAAGGUUUGUGGGAGCUUCGUGGUCUUGACUCUGGUGCUGUUGUAUUUGUCAAUGGCUGAAAUGACCAGAUCCCAUUGGCGGUGUCAGGAAGGCAGCGGGGACCUGCCUUCAGUUCAGUUGGCAAAGAGGAUGGCUGACUCAGAGGAGGCACGUCCAUCCCCGUGCGUCAUAAGGCUGAUUCUGUCAAAGCCGUGCCGUGGGUAGGUAAGAAUAGUCAUGAGAACCAAAACCCUUCUCUCCCUGUCUCCCCACUGGU